CAUGAGCAGGCGAGUGACAGGGGUGGCAGGAUGGUGCGGGUGUCCCCCAAGUUGACCUCCCUAAAUGUGGGGGAGUAUGCAGGGAGCCGGAGCAGACCAGAGGCGCCAACAUUUCCCAGAGUCGUUUGGGGGCUCUGCUGCUCACAGCCGCUCUUGCCUUUGUGUGCUCCAGGUCUCUGCCCCCUGCGAGAUGCCUGGCGGACCCCCCCUGCUGUGGCCGGCGCCCUUGCUCUACUCGCCCCUCCUGCGGCCAGGCACCCCCGAGGACCCGUCGCGGGGCAAGGCGGCCGCUUCCCGGGAGAGCACGGCGGCCCUCAAGGCCUGGCUGGGCCAGCACCCCAAGAACCCCUACCCCAGCAAGGGCGAGAAGGUGCUGCUGGCCAUCGUCAGCAGAAUGAGCCUGACGCAGGUCUCCACCUGGUUUGCCAACGCCCGCCGGCGGCUCAAGAAGGAGAACCGGGCUUGCUGGGCUCCCCGGGCUCCGAAGGCCGAGGGAGAGGCUGAGGAGGAAGAGGAGGACAGUGAGGGAGAGGCCGGCGCAGAAAGAGCAGCACCCAGCACCCCUCCGCCCAGGACAAAGCUCCCCCAGAGUGGCUCUCCUUGGCUGAAGGCCGGGCAGUGGCAAGGCUUGCCUCCGUCUCCUCCGCCUGCCACCGCCAAGCCCAAGAUCUGGUGUGUGGCUGAACUGGCCACCAGCACCCAGCCUGGCAGGGGGGCUCUUUGAGGAGCAGCAGGGCAUCAAAAUGGGGUGAGAGGAACACCCCUUUGUCCAGCUAGGGAAGGAGGAGCCCUGGAAAGGCUUGUCUGGUGGGGAAGCAGAAGAUAAGAGCCGCUAUUCUCAGUUGUUGUUCUUCACCUGUCCUUCAGCCUAAGGUCCCAGAGGGGCUUGCAAGAAUUAAAACAUCGUCUUAAUACAGUUGG